AUGGAACAAGAGGACGGAGCAGAUGUCAAGAUAGGCACGGAAAAAGUCGAUGAUACAGAAACCAAGAGGCAAACAGAAAAUGCUACACGGCAACCGCAGAUCGUCGUGAAAAAUCAUGACAGCAGUAAUAAGGGUCUUCAAGUUAGCCCAGAAAUCUCGCCGUCCCGCGAUGCACUCUCGAUCCGCGGCAACUAUACAUCGAUGAUGGUGAAGCUAUCAGGAAAUGCUAUACGUUUAUAUCGGCAAACUAAUGCAUAUUGUUGA